AUGUCCGAGGGCCAAGAAAUCAGCUGGCAGUCAGACCAACAGGAAAUUAGGUCAAGCGUGAUGAUCCCAACCCCUUCGCCUCGCCAAGCCUCCGUGACGGAUGUGCGAUUGGCCGCGCACGAGAGACGGUCUGCCCCGCAGUCAUGCACACGCACACAGCAUAAAGUGGGACAGGGAGGCGGCAACAGCCUCACUGAUGGUGUGGGGCGGGGAAAUUUAAUUCAGUGCGACUGCAGGGGGGAAAUGGUGGCGGAGGAGGAGGAGGAGGAGGAGGAGGAGGAGAAGAAGAAGAAGAAGCAGGGAGGGGAAUGA